AUGUUUCGAACGUUACCCUUGAGGUCAAGUAUUCGCAUGGUGGAGUGCCCGCGCGAUGCGAUGCAGGGCUUACCACAUUUUAUCCCAACAGAACAAAAGAUACGGUACCUUAAAGCUCUCCUGAAGUGUGGCUUUUAUGCUCUUGAUUGUGGUUCUUUUGUGUCACCGCGAGCAGUUCCUCAAAUGCGUGAUAGUACCGAAGUUAUCGCUAACUGUUGGAAAACUAUGCAAGAGGAAAAGGCAGCGCCUAAGUUGUCUGUUGUUGUUGCAUCACUCGCUGGGUUUAAGCAGGCAUUGGAAACUCCGGGAGUGAGUGUCAUUGGGUAUCCGAUUGGUUGCUGCGAGCGGUUUCAGCAACGUAAUGCGAAAAAGAGCAUUGCAAUGUCCCUUGAUGAAAUUAGAAACAUAAAGGAGGCCACAGAUGCUUUCAAUGCGCAACGAAGCUCAAACCCCGUGGCUCCCAAUGAAGACGUCAAUGGGAGGGAGCUUCUCAUUUACAUUUCUAUGGCAUUUGGUAAUCCGUAUGGCGAGUCGCACAGUAUUGAUUUAGUGGAAAAAUUGGUAGGAGAACUUGUCGCAUCGGGGGCGCGUGACAUUAGUCUUGCUGACACCACUGGAGUAGCGCAACCGCCCCUCAUAUUUGACACCUUCACUCAAUUACGGAAGAAAUUCCCUGAUGUAACAUUUGCUGGACAUUUUCACAGUAAUGCGGUGGAGGCGAGAGGGAAAAUUGUUGCAGCGUUGGAUGCCGGUUGCACGAUGAUCGACAGCGCGCUGUGUGGUAUGGGCGGUUGCCCAUUCGCUAAAGAUGACGGUCUUGUGGGAAAUGUUGCGACGGAGGUGGUGGUGAAGGCGCUUGAGGAGCGUGGCGUCCUCCCCGCUGCUCUCAAUAAGGAGCAACUAAAGAAAUGCGUCCUCAUCAAACAGGAGAUUUUUGGUGUGAGCGUGAGAGACAUGUUGAUUUCACAAACACUGCACGAUGAGAAGCGGUUUGCGACGUUAUGCCAGGAGCACUUUAAGUUGUAUGAUGUUAACGACGAUGGUACUUUGGAUUAUGAAGGAUUUAGAGAUAGUAUGAUUCAUGUCUUUGCUGAAUUGGGUGCACCACAGCCAUCAGAGGAGAAAAUACGCAGCAGUUUCGCGAAGGUUGAUAUCCAAAAUCUUGGGUUUAUUACAAUUGACGCGUACACGAUGGGUGCAAGGCGCUUACUCGUCAAGAGAUUGGCUUCCAACACCAACACAACAACUAAGAAUGAAGAAAGGGGGGAAGGUGUCGUUGAAGCAUCUUCCUGCUGA